AUGUCGCUUAACAAGCUUCUUCUCAUUUCUUUGUAUCUAUCGGGCCUCGCGCUGGCUCACCCGGCCAACCACCACCGCCGCCAGGAUGACGACGCCCCUGCGGUCCCCGAGGAGCCCGCGGCUCCCGAAGCCCCCGAGGUUGGUCCUCCGGAGUCGGGCGAGGUGAAGCCUGACCUCCCCGUUGUCGUGGCGCCAGCGCCAGGUGAAGGCGAAGGGGAGGAGGAGCCUGAGGAGCCCGCCGAAGGCGAGGAACCCGCCCCAGAAGAGCCCGCAGAGGGAGAAGAGCCUGCUGAGGGAGAGGAACCAGCUCCGGAAGAGCCUGCUGAAGGCGAGGAACCAGCUCCCGAAGAGCCCGCCCCCGUCGGACCCCCGACCACUCCGGGCAUCCCCAACAUCCCCAUCCCAGGCGGUGCCGUGCCCGGCUUCCCAGGAGGCGGUUUCGGCGGCUUCUUCGGCCCCACUCCCUACAUCUGCUACCCGCUCAUCACUGGGUUCCCUGGAUUCGGCGGCGGCUUUCCCGGUGGCGCCACGCCCGGCGCGCCUACCGCUCCCACCCCCACACGGCCCGACGUGCCAGCGGCUCCUCCUAGCGUUCCCCAGAUACCCCCGCCAUUCCCUCCCGCCGAGGGUGAAGAGCCGGCUGAGCCCGUCGAAGGCGAGGAACCUGUCGAAGGUGAAGAACCUGCGGAGGGCGAGGAACCGGCCCCAGAAGAGCCCACCGAGGGUGAGGCACCUGCUGAACCUGAGGAGCCCGCUGAACCUGAGGAACCCGCCGAGCCCGAGGAGCCGGCCAAGGAGGAACCUUAG